GACAGAAGCUCUGCUGCAGAACACACCUCAUCUCCUCUUUUGCUGGAGGGAGAGAGAGAGAGAGGGAGAGAGAGAGAGAGGGACUAAGUCUGUGCCAAUUUUCUCUUCAGCUCCAGAGAGAGGGAGAGCCAGGGAAGUGAUAUUUCAGGAAUCUUAAGAGAUCCACAAACGUGUGACUGAGAGGGAGAAGAAGAAAUAAGCGUCCCAGCACGUAAAGGCACUGGCAAAGAAAGACUGACAGCACAUGAAGCAGGCGAGAAAUGACAGAGAGAGAUGUAGUCGGCGCUUCUGUUGCGGACUGUCUUCCUCUCUUCAAUCUCUCAAGUGUCUGUUACAUCUCCCCAAUCAUCAAAGUACCUGAAAUGUAAACAUCAUCUUGGAUGCUGAAGUGUUCUACUCAGUGAGGUGCUCACACAAAUGAAUAGCAAAGCUGUUGACUGGAGGGCCCCUCACUUCAGAUUGUGGAUUAAGUGAGCCGCCACGCUGCGAGCUGUGAGUCCUCCACCUGUGGCCAGGAUGUCGGUCGAUCGAUCGAUGGUGUGACAGCAAAGGCCAUUACUGAGCUAUUGUGCAGUCCCUGUUCUGUCACUGCAAUCAAAGUUACACUCAAAAAAUAUUCUUGAUAUAGCAGAGUCAAGCUUCGCUACAGGGGGAAGAGAUAGUUUUCAGUUUUUUAUCUCUGUCUGAAGCUCGUGUAGAUGGUUACCACUUUAUGAAUACUGACACAGCACCAUCUGGCCUGCCUUUCACAGUUUGCAAACACACCUUGAAGCUGUUAAAAACACAACUUCACACACAUCUGUGGUCCAAAUGAUCCAUCUCAGUUCCUCAUAACAAACUCUUCCUCGCCUUGUCUGAAUUAGCUCCUGUGACCUGUGAAGAUUAUGAGGCCGACUUUAGUGCUUCUACAGUCACAGUGUCUCCUGUGUGUAUUUUUUGGAGUGUGUGUGCCCAGCGCUGCGGUGGGCUCGCUACCUCACGCGCUACCAUGGCAUGUCUCCUGCCCGGUGCGGUGCGUGUGCCAGAUCAAGCCGUGGUUCUCCCCUGAGUCAGUCUACCAUGAAGCUCCCACUGUGGACUGCAACGACCUGCUGUUGACCAAGCUCCCCUUCCCCAUACCCCCGGACACACACACCCUGCGCCUGCAGAGUAACCUCCUUUCUGAGCUCAACACUGCAGCGCUACACGGACUCCCCAACCUCACCGACCUUGACCUUUCCCAGAAUCGCUUCAGCCGUGUCAGGUCAAUAACUCAGAGCUCUUCCCUGCCCUCUCUGCUGUCUCUACACCUGGAGGAAAAUCAUCUCAGUCACCUCCCUGAGGCCUCCUUCUCCUCACUGCCAGCUUUGCAGGAACUCUUUCUCAGCCACAACAACUUACACUCAAUAGCACCUGGGGCUUUCACCGGUCUGGACUCCCUGCUCCGUCUUCAUAUCAACAACAACAGACUCACCACCGUUGACCCUCGGUGGUUCAGGGCUUUGCCCCGCUUGGAAGUUCUCAUGCUUGGGGGAAACCCUGUAGAGGCUCUUCCUGAGCAAGGCUUCCUGGCCCUGAAAUCCCUCCGGAGUCUCGUCCUUGGUGGUAUGGGUCUGAGAGGCCUGGCUGAAAAAGCACUGGAAGGGUUGGAUGGCCUGGAGAGCCUCUCCUUCUAUGAUAACCUGCUGACCAGGGUUCCCACACAGGCGCUGAAGAGAGUGCCGGGACUGAAGUUCCUCGACCUCAACAAGAACCGCAUCAAACUGAUCGAGACGGGAGAUUUCCGGGACAUGAUCCACCUGAAAGAGCUCGGCCUGAACAACAUGGAGGAGCUUGUUUCUAUUGAGAAAGCUGCACUGGAGAAUCUUCCAGAGCUCACCAAGCUGGAGAUCACCAACAAUCCACGUCUGUCCUACAUUCAUCCGCAGGCGUUCCUUCAGCUCAGCAGGCUGGAGAGCCUAAUGCUCAACUCCAACUCUCUCAGCGCUCUGCACCAGCACAUCAUGCUCUCCCUGCCCAGGCUUCAGGAGAUCAGCUUACACUCCAACCCACUACGAUGUGACUGCCUGUUUCACUGGGCCGCCAAGGAGGCCUCUCGCCCUCACAGCGAGAAAGACACACAAACAGAUACACAAGCAGCUCGGAUGGUGCGUUUCAUCCAACCCCAGGCCACCUUGUGCUCUGAACCACCAGAGCUGCGAGCCCGCAGGGUGAGAGAGGUGUCUUCCAGGGAGAUGUCGGCCUCCUGCCUCCCCAUGAUCCCCACCAGCUCCCUCCCUUCCUAUGUAGGAGUGAGAGAGGGAGGCAAAUUGGUUUUGCACUGUAGAGGUCUUGCAGAUCCACCGCCGGAACUGUACUGGGUGACUCCCUCUGGGCUGAGACUUGGUCCUGCACCCAGCCACGCGACCAAAGGUUUACCAGCUCCUGCUCACGGCCACAGCCUGACAGCCUCUAAAGGAUUCAACCACACAUCUGCCUCCAGCGUUUCUCACGGCCAGGCUCAAGAUGAUACUCCCUGUGUUCCUUCCAAACACUACCGGCUACUGCCUGAGGGAACUCUGGAGAUCAACAAGGUCACUCCCAGCGAGGCGGGAUUGUAUACGUGUGUUGCUGAGAAUGCGCUGGGAGCAGAUACACGCAGCGUUACUGUGGGUGUGCAUAGCAGAGAAAAGAAAAGAAAAAGGGGAAUGUCCUCUAAUCUGAAGAGAUUUCCAUUAUUCAGCGUGGAUGCCAGGUUGGAGGUGAGGGAGGUCGGACAAUACUAUGCUAUCCUUUCCUGGCGGAGCGGGCGCAACCUCCCCUCAACUCGCCUGUCUUGGCAAGCCAUAUACUCAAACACUCCUACAUACACCACACGCAUCCUGGCUGGCACGCAGAGUUUCAACCUGACCCACCUGCAGGCAGAGACAUUUUAUCGCGUGUGUCUACAUUUAGGGAUCAGUGAGGAUGCCAAGCAUGCCAACAGGAGAUCAAGAGAGAGCAGAAAGCCUCAGUGUGUGUCGUUCAGGACAAAGGAUGUCCCAGAGCCUGAGCCCGGCCUGCAGCUAAGCCCAGAGCUGACCUCCACAGCAGUCACACUUCUGCUCCUGGCGCUCAUACUGCUGCUGCUGGCAGGACAGGGCUUGGACACUCAGCCGAGUGAGGGGCCAGAAAAGGUCAACAGCACCCUCCUCCAGGAAAUCGAAAGUCCCAAGGCUCUGAUCAUCAAACAAAAGACAGAAGGGAGCAACGAACAUCAGCCAAAGCGGAGCAGGAAAAUAAACGAGGACUGCUGAGAUAAUUACAUCUGUGGACAUGCGAAUACAGACAAAAACACACACCUACAGACAUACAAAAUGUCAAAUACACACUUUGAAAAUCACAGCUAGUAGAGAAAAGUCAUAGAUCAGAGACAUGGAGUAGAAAGAGAUUUGUAUUUAUUUUAUAUACAGUAUAAAAUAUAUAUUGACAUUGUUUCUGUGUUAAGAUGUAUUGUAAAGAAUGCCUAAACCCUAACAAGGGAAAUUAAACUGGACAAUCAUACUCCUGCUGUACAAAGCAAACACAGGAGAAACAAGUCUGAGCUGCUGAUGACCACUGGACUGAAACUGAAGAAAACUUGAUUCAAUCCAAGCACAGGUAUUUACAGGAGAGAGCAGCUCAGACCUCCAGGGUAUUUUGGUCAUGUUUCCUGUCUACAUGUUCCACAGACUGAACCAUACUUUCUCCAUGCAGAUGAAACUCUGCCUUGAGACUGAUAGUGAAUGAAUUUCCUGCUUGUUUGGGCUUUGUGAAUCAAAGUGUUUGGUGUAAACAACCCUUCUGCUUAGCUUUCAGUACCUUGGAUUGGGUUGUCCAUCUUGCCGUGCAUAGACAGUAUACUCAUCCAGAUUUCCUGCCUAACGUCCAUCAUCCUCUUUCAGCAUAAAAGUGAUCCAGAAGUGAUUGUGUUAGAUUCUAUUUUGAGCUAUUAUACAAUAAAAAUCUUUUUAAUUUACACAA